CUAAAUUGUGCAAAAUUAUAAAACUGUAAAGACGGUAGUAUCUCACUUUGCAACGAUACUUCUGUUAAAACCAACUAAAGUGAUUUAUAUUUGCUGUUUCAUAAAGUUUUGACUCAUGACAUUAAUGACUCCUGCGUUACGAUAGUUGAACUUUGGCACACUGAACUGAGAUCACCUGCAAAUAACACUGAAGGAGACACUUGGAGUUACUGACACCGAUAUAAAGAGCCUGACAAUGACAUCCAAGAAAGUAAUCGAGCUGUUCUACGAUGUGGUUUCUCCCUACUCCUGGCUUGGCUUUGAGAUCAUGUGCCGCUACAGAAACGUGUGGAACAUAGAGCUCAAACUGCGCCCUGCAUUUCUGGGUGGCGUCAUGCAAGGCUCGGGCAACAAGCCCCCGGGUGUGAUUCCAAACAAAUUCAAGUAUAUGAUGAAUGACCUGCACCGUUUGAGAGAGUACUUUGAUGUCCCCUUGCAGACUCCAUCUGACCCCUUUGAGGUCAUGUUCAAAAAAGGCUCCUUGUCUGCGAUGCGAUUUGUGGCAGCAGUGCAAGAGAGGGAGACGGGUGGAGACAAGAUGGUGGAGCAGGUGUCUCGGGAGUUGUGGAGGAGGAUCUGGAGUGAGGACAAAGACAUCACGGAACCUGCAUCACUGUCUGAGGCAGCGAAGAAAGCAGGAUUGUCUGACAACGAGAUUAAAGAAUUGCUGCAGUUAUACUCCUCAAAGGAGAUCAAAGACAAGCUGAAAAGCUCAACACAGGAGGCAAUUGAUCACGGGUCAUUUGGCUUCCCAAUGAUGGUGUGUCAUGUGGAUGGGAAGGCUGAGAUGUUUUUUGGAUCUGACAGAUUUGAGCUUAUGGCUCACUGCAUCGGGGAGAAGUGGUUGGGACCUCAGCCUGGAAAAUCAGCUGCCAAACUGUGAGAUGAAAGCUGCCUUCAAACUCUGUUGGGGUACUGACUAAUUCCUGAAUCUAUGGCUAAUUUUCAUUAUGUCUAUGAUCUGUGCUGUGCCUGUUAACUAAAUCCAAAUAUUAUAUUUCUAAUUUUUCCAGUAACAAAUAACACUGUAAAUAAUGUGACAUACAAGUAUACUGUGUAAUUAUGUGCCAAUUAAAAGGAACAUUGACAAUUCAA